ACACAAUUGUGGGGAUUACCAUUGUAAAUCGUGUAAAAUCUAAUUAUUAUCACCCCUUCCUUCGAGAUAAUUUUCCUGUUUUGUCGGUACGUCAACACUGCCAUCUGCUCCAGAGAUUUUUACCACUUCUGAUACCGUCCCGCGAACUUAGUUAAAUACCCUCAGGUGAAAACACUUCAAAUGACUUGAGAAAGAUUUACUUGAAAAUGGCGACACCAAAGAGUAUGAAGUCGUUUCGAUCAUGGAGUUCCGUCGAUUCCGUGGACCCAAACGACGUACGUCGUCUGUGUGAUACUGAAGCUGGGCCCAGCGCCCGGAAGCCCGCGGGACGCUGCGUCAGCACGUGGACCUUUUCUUUGGUGGUUUUGAUCAUUAGUGUUUUUUUGUUGGUUGGGCUGUUCGUGGGUUAUUAUAUUCAUGAUGGUCAGAUUUAUACCGAUAAAACGCCCUGCGACUAUACUCUCCGUACCGAUGGGUUCGAUGCAGAUCAACUGGAAAUGGUACAUGAAAAUGUGAUGUAUUUGAUGUCAGGUCGAAGGAUUACAGACACAGCGGGAAAAAUGACAUCAGUUAUCACUCAAAAGUCGGGAGAGUCAUCGGAUAAAAGAAUGGUAACUUACAUUCAUGAGACUCUAAAAAACUUGCGUUUGGACAAAGUGGAAACUGCACAGUACACAGUAGAAGUUCCCUCCCUUGAUGCAGAUAAUCCCUCGGAGAUAACCUUGUCUAAAUCGGGAGAUGAAGUACUUGUGUUGAAGUAUGGAGGAAAGAACUCUACAGAACCCCUCAAAAAGGAGGGUGGCUCCAUUGUAGCAAUUCCAGGAAGAGCAAGAGGUCACCUUGUAUAUGGCUUCUAUGGACGAAGACAAGAUAUCUACCAUAUAAAGAAAUCAAUUAUCUCACUAAAGAAUUGUGUCCUUUUGCUGAGACUUGGAGAGAUUUCCAUUCGAGAAAAGAUACGCCUUGCCUCUUUGGAGUCAGUGUCAGGCAUACUGUUGUACCAAGAUCCCUCAGACUCGGCGAUGUCUCUCCACGAGCUCGAAUCUGUUGCAUAUGAGCUCAAAGAUGAGAACUUUCAUGUUCCGGUUCACCUUGUCACUAGCAGUGAUUCAAACCGAAUGUUGAGAGAAUUACGUGAUGGUGGAGUUAUUGCCCCUGAUGAAUGGGCCUCUGAAACAGGGGAGAAGUCGUAUUUAGGGAUAAAUCCAAACAAUGCCACUUUUCCUGCUGCUGUUGUGGAAAUGAAAGUAAAUGUUAUUUACACUCAAGAAACCAUUUCUAAUGUGAUGGGCACUAUUUACGGGGACAUGGAAUCAGAUCGAUUUGUUGUCAUUGGAGCAGUAAGAGAUGAAUCAGUGGCAGGUGGUUCUGACCUUGACCUUGGAACAGCCCAUUUACUGGAAAUGGCCCAGGCCUUUGCCAACAUUAAAUUUGCAGAGAAAUGGGGUCCCAGAAGGGGUGUCCGCUUCUGUUCAUGGGGUGGAGGGAAAUCAAUGAAAGGGUUAUCAGAGUAUAUAAAGGCAAAUAAGUAUGUGUUUGGAGAGCAGACCAUAGCAUAUAUUGACCUUGACCUUUACAUAGAAAGGUCAUCCACUGAAAAAACUGUGUUUGAAGUUGCAUCAAGCCCAGCCUUGCAUAAACUUAUUCAGCAAGUGUUACAUCAGGUUCCUCACCCAGAAGACAAGCAGUUUACGAUUGCAGACUGGCAAUAUGAUCAACCUGUCAAUCCAUUUGUAUCCCAUGGCAACCAGAUGAUUUGUAACACCCUCCACAGCCAGGGAACUGUGGUCAUUAGUGUUGGAUACAGUGUCAAGCAAAUCAAGGACGGUGAGGAAACCUCGGCAGUACUUCAUGACUCGGAGCACCAUGACCAGUAUCAUCUAGCCGCCUCCAGAGUAAUCUCCCUUUUGGCCCUUCAAUUAAUGGACGACCAGCAACUUCCACUCAACCUGGGAAACUACACCAAGUUCAUCCAUGAUGUUUUUGCUAGAAGCCUGGUAGAUCUGUCUAAUGCACAGGCAAAUGUGGAUAUUGAAAUGUUGAGCAACUCCAUUGACAAUCUAUCUCGCAUCGGGAAAGCCUUCCAAGAUUUUGUCAGCUCCGAUGUCAACAAAGGAAUUCCUCUGGGAAUUCGUCGGAUGAAUGAUAUCAAGAUGGGAGUGGACAAAAUUCUAACUUCUCCCCCAGAGUUAAGGUUUACAAGUCCUUUGUUAUAUGACACCGCGCCUGACGGAAGUUCUCAGCUGCUUAAGGAAGCAAUAAAAACUGCCAGCAUCACUAAGAAAUGGGAUCAGGUUCAACAGAUUGUGAAUGCAAUCAAUAGGGCGCUACAAGAAGUGAUGUCAUAUCUUCAGCUCUCGUGAUAAACAGAUCACCCCUAACCCCCCACCUCCACCACCCAUUUGACCCAGCUGGAGUCUAGACCAUGUGCCAAAGAAAUCAUAUUCCCUUUUCUAAUCUCAUCUUGCAGCAACGUACAUUUGCUACAUAUGAAAUGGAGAUGUCUGAAUCAUUAAGUACAGCAUCGAAGUUAAAUCAUUGAAACAUCAAAUGUUUUGGAUAAGCUUUGACUUUUUUGUUUGUAUAGGUAGAGUUUAUCAUGUCAUGCAUUAGGGCAAAAUAAUUUUUUUAACUUUUGUGAUUUUUCUGCCCAUUUUGUACUUUUCCUAGCUAAGUUUUUGUACAUGCAGCAUAUACGUAAAAGUGGUCAAUAUCAUUUCCGCGUUUGGGAUUUACACUAAUCAUGCAGUAAGCUUUAAAAAUUGUGUAAAAUACCCCGUGUAUAUACUACACUGUAGUAUAUAAAAAAAAACUCAAAACUUUAAUUGGUAAAUCAGGCCUCCACGCAUUUCUUGCCUCACAUGUCUAGUUUGACUAUAGGAAAUUAGUACUUAACCACCAGCAUAAGUCACUACUUCUACAGUAAUGAAUUUGUUGAUUUUUAUUACAUGUAUAUAUAUAUGUGUUUAGUGAUGUACAUGUUGGUGCCAUUUCAUUUUCAAUCAGUAUGUCUGGUUUUGUGAUAUGAUAUGUAUAUUUUUUUCUAGUGAUGUGUGCAACUUUUGUGCAGCAAGUUUUCUAGUAAUGUGCCAUUUUUUACAUGUAUAAAUACUGUUAAUGUGUGUAUGAACAAGAUAAGAAUUUCCACGAAAACCUUGCCAAUUUCCUUUAUGUAAAUUAAAAGUUUUGAGAGCUUCGAUCCUCUUUAAAAAAUAUAUUAUUUUGAAUCAUUAUAAAAAAAAUUGGACAAUUACGUAAGGAAACCCUAAUUUUGUUUCCACUACAAUUAUAUUGUUUUUAAGAAGUCAUUUGUUGUCCAAUUCGAAUUUCAUGAUCAUGAUCUUCUUGUAAAAUAAUUAAUUUGUCCAUGUGUUGAUAAAUCAUAAUUCGUACAAAUUUUGAAUAUCAAGAGUACUUGUGUCCAAAAAGUAAUUUGUUUGCCAUCGUAUGAGUCAUUCUUAAUUUGGAAAAAAAGUAAAAUGAGUGUUAAUUAUGAUAUUCGUUGUAAAUAUCAUGUCAUAAUACUGUGCCAUAUGACAUUUUGCUAAGGCUAUGCAUGACGUAAUACAUGUAUAAUUAUGGUAUUUUGUGUGAGUAAAAGUCUGUAAUUUGUGUAUAAUUAUCAGUAUUAAUUUGGUAUCGCAGUAAUGUAAGGAUCAUGAUUUGUGUCAUAACAUUUAUCUAGUCAGCCAUUUAAAUGUCAUAUUUCUAAUCACUCAGGGAUGUGCAAUUGUAGUGUAAGGGAGGCAACUACCUUUUUGUUUGCAAUAGUUUUUUUUUUAGUGUAGAAUGAGAAAAAAGAAUAUCAUGGGAAAAUGAAGUUUAAUUAGUUAUGCAAGCUUCCACAAUGUCAUAAAAAUGUAUAUAUACAUGUGUAAUUUGUGAAUUACUGAUGAAAGGUCUGAUACGUAUAUGCUCAUAGUAUACUUCUUUAUGAGUGUAUACAUGGAUGUACUAAUUAAUGUUCUAAUAAAAUAUAAUCAAUAAUCUGAAGUUUAUUAUAAUUCCUCCAGAGAAAACAAUAAUUUAAAAUAAAUGUACAUCAGUGUGUUUGCAUUAUUGUAAAUAUUCUCAUUUAAAUGAGCAAAAUAUUUGACUUCAAUCUAGCUAUAAUAUAUGUUUUCAAGAAAAUUUGUUUUCUUUGCAUGUCAAAAUGUGUUGCACGUGCUGUUAAUUUAACAAUAAAGACUUAGUUAAGAAUUAA